AAAAAAAGUUGCUUUAUGCUUUAUGCUCCGUGAAACACCCGCGUGAUUUUUUAUGACACUUGUCUUAUUUCAUUACUUUUAUGUUAAGGGGUAGAAUCCACCUAUCCCACAUUAAAAAAGAUUGCAUUAAAAUAUUUACUUCCAAGGCUUCAGAGAGGCUUUUUUUUAAAGCUGGCCAAUUCCUUUAACAGCAACACAAUCGAUGUUUGGGGAACAUCGAUGGUUUUCAUCGAAUGUUGACUUCGAUGUCAAUAUCGAUGUUUUUCCAAUAUCGAACAUCCCUAAUUUACUCUAAAGACAGUUGUUACUUAUGGAUUUGACAUAUUUACUGGCCUGUGACGUCACGAUCAGCGCCAUUACAUAGAGCAGCGUUUUUCGCGCGCUUUUGGCUAUUUAAAUUUUAACAAUUAUUUUCACCAAAAAUAGAAAAGAUUCCAAUGAAAUAUUAUGACAGUGUGUUUUUAAUGUAGCAAACAACGAUUUAUAAUAGUCUUCAGAAAAGUGUCAAAUACCCUAUUCCUUCGCACUUUAUUUUUUAUUAAAUGAGUUUUAUAGCUGUGCGUACUAGUAUUUCUAGGAAAACCAUACCUUCUUUUUUACUUAAUUCUCUAAAACGGGGGAACUUUCUGACCUGAAACUUUGAUGAAAGAUACAGGCUUGAGUCCAGAUGCUAUAAUAAUUUUCUUUAUAGUGGUGAGAUUUUUCGGAAUAAAGUAUCAAAAACAUUCUCCUUUCAACGUCCAAUGACUCAUUUUAGCAAGUGCACCUGAUGAUAUUUGUAAACGCAAUGAAAUAGGUCUUCCCCGCCGCUUUUAGGAUUUGCUAUCUAAUAAAGACUUUUAUAUACCAUAAUUAAAUAAUAUAAUUAUAUAGAAAGCACCAUUGAAAAAAAAUCUAGAUUCAAAAUUUUGUUUUGUGAGUUUCUUUUUUUAAUUAGUUUUGAGAAAUAUUUUUCUUUGUAUGCGACUGACGGACUUGUUUCCAUCGUCAGAAUUAUUAAAAAAAAACAAAACUUUUGACAUUUCAUCGUUUUGAUAUGUCAGAUAAAGAUAAUAUUAUUAAUUCAUCAUAAAUUUUACUCUACAAACUACGGUACUUUACUCAGACAGAAUAAUUUCAUUGAAAACGGCAGUUUUGUAAUUCUGUCUAAAAUUCAAAUCAAAAAGUCAUGGAAGAACACAAAAAAAGUACUCAAACAUCUAACGUUGAAGAUCUAAAAAACAAAGGUAAUGACUGCGUGAAAAAUUGUAAAUUUAUCGAAGCCGUAUUACAUUAUACACAAGCCAUAAAAAUGGACCCGAACAAUUACUUAUUGUAUAGCAAUAGAUCUUUUGCAUUUUUAAAGAUGGAUCAGCAUUAUCUGUCGUUACAGGACGCAAAUGAAACUGUUAGAUUGCAACCACAAUGGGCUAAGGGCUAUUUUCGAAGAGCUGAAGUUGAAGCUGCUAGUGGGUUACAUGAUGAGGCAAUAAUAUCAUAUACUAGGGCGCUUCAACUUGACCCACACAAUCCAAAAUUAAUGGAAUCUAUCAAGACAAUAACUGACAUGCAAAACAAAAAACUUAAAAGUAAUCAAAAUAUUAUAUGGAUCUGCACAUGUCUUGGUUUAAUUACUGGAAUAGCUGUUGUUAUUCUUGACUAUUGUUUUACAGCUAGUCCUACAUUAACACAUCCAUUUAGUAUGGUUGCGUUUUCAAUAGCACUGUCUGGUGUCGGCUGGGCUGUUGGUAAAGCAGCUACAAUGAUGGACAAUUUAAGUGCUGGCAAAUCACUGCAGCCUCCUGACGAUUUAGGUGUCAAUCCUAAUGAACAGGAAACUGUAAUACCUGAGAAGAAAAACAAAUACAGUAAGGCGCAAGCACGCCAAAGGUAUAAACAGGGAAAACUUUAGUUCUAAGAUAUAACUUAUAAUAAAUCACUUCUGUGAAGUUGGAUUCUUAUAGGGUCUGGGUAGGUAAGGUUAGGUUAGGUUAUUUUCUUUUGAAAAAAAAAAUGUGGAAUUGCUACAUUAAUUACGCAUCGAAUCUGCGCCUCCGACCCAAGGAGAUCGACGAUUAUGUUUGGUGUGGAAUAUAGUGUAACAAAUAUUUUUCAUUAUAUUCACAUAAUUAGCCAA